AUGACUCUGCCAUUCAGGCUCAUCGGCCAAAUCGAUGGCAAAUUUGCUGUCUUCGAUACCAACAGCGCUAGGUACACGGUUAAUAGCUUUGACAUAAUCACAUAUACAUGGGGUGCGCCAGCCAAAGUCAAAUAUAAUCCAUCGAAAUGUGGAAUAGAAGGUGUGAGUUGGAACGUGACGAUAGCCGAGAAGAAGCUGGAAGAUAUCAAAGCGUUAAUGAUCACGCAAAAUAUACGGUACCUGUGGGCAGACUGCUUAUGCAUCAACCAGGAGGAGGAUGGACCUGGCGAAGAGAAAAGCUCGGUUGUACCCAUGAUGUAUCAGUACUACAGAAGUGCUAGCAGAUGCUUCAUUCUUAUGGAUAUGGAGGAAAGAUGGGACCCACAAGAGACUGUCGACGAUCUCAAGUUCAUCGACCACAUCCUUGCCAACAUGGGCGGAGCAUCACUCGCCUCAGAGGCCAUGCUGUCGCCAAAUCUGACAAAUCGACUGUCGAAAUGGGCGAGCGAGAAGUGGUAUUUCCCCAUAGAUUUUGCGACAGUGCGAUCCACCGCGAUCGACGUGGGUGUGCUGAACUGCUACGCGACGAGUAUCCGCAAGGUCAAGGAGUUGUUUGAGAACAAGUAUUUCACGCGGGUGUGGACUUUCCAGGAAAUGCUCCUGGGCAAGAACAUUACAAUGUACGGCGUGGGAGCCGGUGGAAUUGUAUUCUGCCUUGGGCAGCUCGAUACUUGGAUGGAUUUGGCAACCGAGUCAAAAGAUAAGGCAGUCAAACUUUGGGCAUGGAUAAACACUUCACGCGUUCUGAAGACAGCGUCGGUCAAUGCCAUCCUGGGAAGACUCGAUGACGACUUCGAAUCGCUGAAUAGCCUCCAGACUCAAGUUCGAGGUAUGACCUGCGCGAGAACGGAUAUCAUCAACGGUGGUCCUCGCUGGUGGUGCGAAAAUCAUAAAGGUGUCAGUAACGUCUUCUCUGCGAUUUCAAUCACACCUCGGGAGUGUGGCGUACAGAAGGACAUAUUUUUGGGACUUCUAGGCGUCUUCGAAGGUCUAUUCACCCCGGCAGAGGUUAAGCAUGACCUGAGCAGUGAAGAUAUGGGCAAAAAUUCUUUCGCUUUUUUUAAGCAGCUGUCCCUGAAGACUGGGCUCGCGUGGACCAAACUUGCAGUAAGCAGCGGAGAAAGGGGAGAGUAUGACUGGAUUCCGGUGUUGCCUAGCAACAGCAAGCUCUUGACCACCGACUGUUUUGCCGCUGUACUCAAUCUAGGUCGUCUGAAGAAUAGCAUGGCCAAAACUUUAGCAAUCACCGGUCUGGUUGGCGCCCCUAAGAAAUAUAUGAAGAUCGUUCUCACCCAGGACAAAAAAGGGAGAGCUUUCGAGUUCCUCUUCAAGGGCUGUAAUGCCGGCAAGAAGGUCAGCACGGGAUUGUUCCAAAAGGAGUUGAUCCCUGUCUACGAUCAAGCCCGAGAUGUCUCCGGGGACGAAACAGGAAGAAUUCUGGUACAGUGUGCAACUGUCCUGGGCAGUAUCAUGGACCCCGGAGGAAACGUCGUCCAGUACAGACGAAGGCUACUUGCCAAGCUCCAGCCAUUAUGGCAGAUAAGUGACCCAAAUGCGAAGCCUACUGGAUGGCAAGACAGAUGUGUGAGCGGCACUGAUUGGGAAGACCCGCAUCCCCUUUAUUUCCGAGUCCACAAUAGAUCGAUGAACUUUAGGAUGGGUGCAAUAUACGAUUGCGGAUCUCGCCUCCAGAACGAAAGCACGCGGGACAUCUCGUGUACCGUCCGUGUGAAUUGUGGAUGUAUGAUAGUUGCUCCUUUCUCCCUGAUGUUCGGAGCCAUCACUGCAGUGGCGGGGUGCUCUCUCGGCGAGAUAUCUGCAUCUUUGGAAGGGGACAGGAUCAUCUUGAAGGAUGGCCUAGGCUUGGUCCAAGUUGGAGAUGUGGAUGAGGCUCCGCAGGCAUUCGACCUGGUAGCAUUCGGAGGCGACGUCCUCUCCCAUAGGGAAUAUGCAUCACAAUGCAGGGCCACAAGGGACCACAAGCCCGUCGAGCCUAAGCUGCAGUGGCCAAGAGGCAGAGCUUUAGUGCGAGAUGGCUUCAAGCACGGUAUCACAGACUCAAUGAGAGACUAUGGAUAUUUCGAAAGCGGUGGCUCUGGCAAUUUGCUGAUCUGUCGGAACAAUCCCAUAGGACGUUACAUGAAUGUCGGGGUUUGUAUCGAUGACUGGAUCGAAAACAAGAGUGGAGGCUACGCAGCAGUAACCAUCAAAUAG